AUGGUACCAUGUCGGGAGGGGACGGUCCGUGAUUUCCUACCGUCGGGGCAGAACAAGGACACCCCAGAAGGGAUCAAGGACGAAGUCGUGGUGGCCUUGACUGACAAUGAAGUCGUCCUUUUUGACGCGAGUCUAGCCCACAGAGUUCUUGAUAGCAAGAGUUUCUAUUUCCGCGAUAUUGCGAGGAUAAAUCCGCCCUCCAACGACCACGGCACCGCCAUGGUCAGCAUGGCCCUGCCCGUUGGCCCUAGGUCAAAGUUCAAAACUGUCCGGCAAAAGGCCGUCGACGACGCAUCCCCAUGUCCGAGCCCCACCCCCAAGAAAGCCAUCUCCACCAAGCUCGACCACCCAAACGGCUCCUCGCCCAACCCCUUCUUCCAUAUCGGCGCCGCCCGCAGCGCCAGCGACUCAGGGAGUCGCGGAAAUUUCCUCAAAACAUCCCCACCAGCUUCCGGCAGCAUUCGACAGCAGCAGCAACAGCGGGGUGGGGACGAGCUGGACAAGGUUAGGGUUUUCUUCGAGGAACUCACACCCUCCGGAUGGGGCUUUAGGUCAAAAUUCGACCCAGGGAAAUUUUAA